AUCUUUAGCUCUGAUCUUUGGCUUCAUGAACUAAGUAGCACUUUUUCUUUUCUUUUCUUUUAGCCCAUUAUCCCAUUUUGAUGGCUUUCUUGAUGCAUAAGUUGUUGAGAAAACAAGAUGCUGGCAUUUUUAUUGGCGGUGUCCUCUGGUUGCUGCUUAGUUGUGGUUUCAGCUUUGGUGUUGAGAGUGAUAUCAACUGCUUAAAAAGUAUAAAAGCAUCACUUCAGGACACUUUAGGUUACUUAAACUCUUCCUGGGAUUUCAGCAACAACACUGAAGGUUUCAUCUGUAACUUUCUGGGAAUCGAGUGUUGGCACCCUCAUGAGAGCAAAGUUUUAAACAUCAAGCUUUCGGAUUUGGGACUGAAGGGCUCGUUUCCUCGAGGCGUAGAAAAUUGCACAAGCCUAACAGGGUUAGAUCUUUCAAGCAAUCAGCUCAAUGGACCUCUUCCUACUGAUAUCGAUAAAAUCAUUACGUUCAUUACGUCCCUUGAUCUCUCAUCUAACAGCUUCACAGGGCAAAUCCCAAUGAAGCUUUCCAAUUGCAGCUAUCUGAAUGUGCUUAAGCUUGACAACAACAAGUUCUCGGGUAUCAUUCCUCCAGAACUUGGCCAGCUUACUAGGAUUAAAACAUUUAGUGUGGCCAACAAUCAGCUGUCUGGCCCAGUCCCAGACUUUAAUAAUACAUCAUUUGGACCUGAAAGCUAUGCAAACAACACCGGACUCUGUGGAGGCCCUUUGAAGCAUUGCCCGCCGGUUUAAGGUUUUGAACUCAAAACAAUGUAGUUAUAGCAGCAGCAGCUGGUUUUGGUUUUGGUUUUCCUUUUUCUUUUUGUUUUUCCUUUCCAAGAGCUCCUAGUGUGCGUUAUUUGGUGGUGUUCGUUCGCAAGAAGAUUUAAAAGUUGAACUCAGCCUAGCCAGUAACAGUUGUGCUCUUGUUUUCUGCUUUUCUGAACUCAUGUACCUGUCUUAAAUUAUAUUUAGUCCUUCUGUCAAGUUGAAUGAUUCGCUAAUUGUACGCUUGAAAAUCCUCGUGUAUAAUUGCGCUGGCAUUUUUUUUGUUUUUGUUAAAAGUUAAUGCUCAUUUGAGUCAUUUGUAUCUAGAAAAAUCUAGUGAAAUGUAGAGAACUCGAGAGAUGUACACCAACUUUGACAAAGUCAGCAAGCACAGCUUUCAAGACAUAAUUAUUGUAAA